GCCUUCGGCACGCCCGGGCGGGUUCGCUGGCCGCCUCUCCCUCGGUGCCUCCUCCGUACCUUCGCCCGCCGUGCCGGGUUCCGGCCGUCACCCUCUCUGCUCCGCUCUGUUUCCAGGCGGCCGCUGGAGGCCCCGGCAGGCCCCGGCCGAGCAACCCGGGAGGGGAGCCCGAGGCUGGACGGGCGCCGGGCUCGGUGAGGGCUGUUUACGCGCGACCGUGAGGAGCAGGCGACGCGGGACAGCGGUUCCGGGCGCGGAGCCCGCGGGCCUCCUUCCACCGAGACGCCGUCUGCGGCGAAAGAACUGGGACGGCCGGAGCCGCGCCGUCCUGCCCUCCCCGCCGGUAGAACCCGGGCCUCCUGGGCUGUCGUGCUUUCGGCCAUGCCAGAGGAGGACGGUGUCUGCCCCCCGGCUGGCUUCUGUCUGGGCACCACCCUGUGUUCGUGGGGGCUUCAGUUCCUGGAAGAGCAUUCACAGUCCACGAUGCUUAUGGGGAUUGCAGUUGGAGCACUCCUGGCCCUGACCUUUGCUGGCAUUGCCAUCUUUUUUGUGUACAGAAAGGUUAAUGGAAUCCGACAAGCCCAGUCCACCCCUCAGUACAGAUUUCGGAAGAGGGACAAGGUGAUGUUUUAUGGCCGGAAGAUCAUGAGGAAGGUGACCACACUCCCACACUCACUGGUUGGGAAUACAGCUGCAACCCGGCAGCGGUACAGGAAGAGGACCAAGGUGCUGUCUUUGGCCAAGAGGAUUCUCCGAUUCAAGAAGGAGUACCCCACCUUGCAGCCCAAGGAGCCCCCACCCUCCCUUUUGGAGGCUGAUCUCACAGAGUUUGAUGUGAAGAAUUCUCACUUGCCAUCAGAAGUAUUGUACAUGCUGAAAAAUGUCAGAGUCCUGGGCCACUUUGACAAGCCACUGUUCCUGGAACUUUGCAAACACAUGGUCUUUGUGCAGCUGCAUGAGGGAGAGCAUGUCUUCCAGCCAGGAGAACCAGAUACCAGCAUCUAUGUGGUUCAGGAUGGACGGCUGGAGGUCUGCAUCCAGGAUACAGAUGGCACUGAGGUGGUGGUCAAGGAGGUUCUGGCAGGGGACAGCGUCCACAGCCUCCUCAGCAUGCUGGACGUCAUCACUGGUCACACUGCACCCUACAAAACAGUUUCUGCCCAUGCUGCUGCCCCAUCCACCAUCCUCCGGCUUCCAGCAGUGGCUUUCCAAGGGGUCUUUGAGAAAUAUCCUGAAACCCUGGUGAGGGUGGUACAGAUCAUCAUGGUGCGGCUGCAGAGGGUGACCUUUCUGGCUCUACACAACUACCUGGGCCUGACCACAGAGCUCUUCAACCCUGAGAGCCAGGCCAUUCCUCUUGUGUCUGUAGCCAGUGUGUCAGCUGGUCGGGCCAAGAGGCAGAUGUUCAGUGGUCCAGAAGAGCAGCUGGAGAGAGUACCACGGCCCCAGGAGUCCUGUGACUCAGAUCGUGGGGGGAAACAUCCAGCAGCCUCUGGGCCUCUGCUGAAGAGGAGCAGCUCCUCCCCUCUGCCUUCAAUCCAUGGGGAGAUCUCAGAUGAGCUUGGGAAACCCCAGACUGGUGACCCUGACCCUUCCCCCUCACAAGAAAGCCACAUGGGGGCCACUUCAGACUUGGGGAUGGUGUACAACCGUGCCAGGAUUUUGAUGCACUCAGAUGAGCACCCUAGGAACUCUGUGACCAGCAAGAAGUCCAAGAGAAGUGUGAUUGUUUCAGAGAUGUCCUCUGCUGUCUUUCACUACUCGGACAGUCCUUGGGAUGAGCCUGGUGCCAGCAGGAAGAUGGAUUCCAUCUUUAGAGCUGCCAAGAAGGACCUCCUCACCCUGAUGAAGCUGGAUGACCCAUCUCUGUUGGAUGGCCGAGUGACGUUUCUCCAUGUCCCUGCAGGCACAGUAGUAUCAAAACAGGGAGACCAGGAUGUAAACAUCUUAUUUGUGGUCUCUGGGUUGCUACACGUGUACCAACAGAAGAUUGACAGCCAAGAGGACACUUGCCUGUUCCUUACACACCCCGGAGAAAUGGUAGGCCAGCUGGCAGUGCUCACUGGCGAACCCUUGAUGUUCACUAUCAGAGCCAACAAGGACUGCAGCUUCUUGUCUAUCUCCAAGGCCCACUUCUAUGAGAUCAUGCGGAAACAGCCAGCAGUGGUCCUGGGUGUGGCACACACUGUAGUGAAGAGAAUGUCAUCCUUUGUGCGGCAGAUAGACUUUGCUCUAGACUGGAUGGAGAUUGAGGCUGGGCGUGCCAUAUACAGGCAAGGGGACAAGUCAGACUGCACUUAUAUUGUCCUCAGUGGCCGACUGCGUUCUGUGAUCCGAAAGGAUGAUGGGAAGAAGCGCCUGGCUGGGGAGUAUGGCCGGGGAGACCUCAUUGGUGUGGUGGAGACACUGACCCAUCAGGCUAGGGCAACCACAGUGCAUGCUGUCCGAGACUCAGAACUGGCCAAGCUUCCCACAGGAGCCCUGACAUCCAUCAAGCGUCGGUACCCACAGGUGGUAACUCGCUUGAUUCAUCUCUUGGGCGAGCAGAUCCUUGGCAGCCUCCAGCAGGGAUCUGUUACAGGUCACCAGCUUGGGCUCCGCACAGUGGGCAGCAAGUGGGACUCAGGAAACCCAGCCAGCAACCUGUCCACAGUGGCAGUGAUGCCCGUGUCUGAGGAUGUGCCCCUCACUGCCUUUGCCUUGGAGCUCCAGCAUGCCCUAAGUGCCAUUGGCCCUGUCUUGCUACUGACCAGUGAGAACAUCAAACAGCGCUUUGGCUCUGCUGCUCUGGACAGUAUCCACGAGUAUCGGCUGUCCAGCUGGCUGGGGCAGCAGGAGGACACCCACCGAAUUGUGCUCUACCAAGCAGACAGCACACUUACUCCUUGGACCCAGCGUUGCAUCCGACAGGCCGACUGCAUCCUCAUUGUGGGCCUGGGUGAGCAGGAGCCAACCGUGGGGGAGCUGGAGCGGAUGCUGGAGAGCACAGCCAUGCGUGCCCAGAAACAACUGGUCCUACUGCACAGGGAAGAGGGACCUGCGCCAGCCCACACUGCAGAGUGGCUCAACAUGCGGAGCUGGUGCUCUGGCCACCUGCACCUCCGCUGCCCACGUCGUGUCUUCUCUAGAAGGAGCUUGCCCAAGCUGGUGGAGAUGUAUGAGCGUGUCUUCCAGAGAACUCCAGACCGACACUCAGACUUCUCCCGCUUGGCACGGGUGCUGACAGGCAAUGCCAUCGCCUUAGUGCUUGGAGGAGGGGGAGCAAGAGGCUGCGCCCAAGUGGGUGUUCUCAGGGCACUGGCGGAGUGUGGCAUCCCUGUGGACAUGGUUGGAGGGACAUCUAUUGGGGCCUUCAUGGGUGCCCUGUAUUCUGAGGAACGGUGCUACAGCCAGAUGCGGAUCCGAGCCAAGCAAUGGGCAGAGAAUAUGACAUCGAUGGUGAAGACCAUGCUGGACCUGACCUACCCGAUCACAUCCAUGUUCUCUGGAGCUGGCUUCAAUAGCACCCUCUGCAGCAUCUUCCAGGACCGACAGAUUGAGGACCUGUGGCUCCCCUACUUUGCCAUUACCACCGAUAUCACAGCCUCUGCCAUGCGGGUCCACACAGAUGGCUCUCUAUGGAGGUAUGUGCGUGCUAGCAUGUCCCUCUCGGGCUAUAUGCCCCCCCUCUGCGACCCCAAGGAUGGACACCUCCUGAUGGAUGGGGGCUACAUCAACAACCUCCCAGCGGAUGUGGCCAGAUCCAUGGGGGCAAAGGUGGUGAUCGCCAUUGAUGUGGGCAGCCGGGACGAGACAGACCUCACAAAUUAUGGUGAUUCCCUGUCCGGUUGGUGGUUGCUUUGGAAACGGUGGAACCCUUUGGCCACAAAAGUCAAGGUGUUGAACAUGGCUGAGAUUCAGACUCGCCUAGCCUAUGUGUGCUGCGUCCGGCAGCUAGAGAUGGUGAAGAGCAGCGGCUACUGUGAGUACCUGCGGCCCCCCAUCGACAGCUACCGCACCCUGGACUUUGGCAGGUUCGACGAAAUCUGUGAAGUGGGAUACCAGCAUGGAAGAACAGUGUUUGACAUCUGGGGUCGGAGUGGUGUACUAGAGAAGAUGCUUCAAGACCAGCAGGGGACAAGCAAGAGGAAGGCCUGCACAGUCCUCACCUGCCCCAACACCUCUUUCACGGACCUUGCUGAGAUCGUGUCACGCAUUGAACCAGCCAAGGCAGCUGCAGUGGAUGAUGAAUCUGACUACCAGACUGAGUAUGAAGAGGAGCUGCCAGGUGUCCCCCAGGACACUUAUGCUGAUUUCCAGAGCAGGAGCACUCAGGAGGAGUUGGGCUCUGACUCGGAGGAGGAGCCCGUCCUAUGGCAACAGCACCCUGGCCUGCCUUCCCCAGAACCACCCCAGGACUCCUCAUGCUCCUGGCUACCUAACCAAGAUGCCUAGAAGCCUUAUCUCUAAUGCCCUCCUCCUACUGAUCCCACUAAGCCUGGGCGAGGCUCCACGGACCCUCUGUGAGGCCAUUCCCCCUGCCUGACAGUUGGAACAGGCAAGAUGUCUAGGCCUCAGGCCAGUAUGUCCAGCUUCUCCCUGGGGUUGUAGGCUGGGUCCCGGGAGGCUGGGCCUCUUCUCUGUGCUGGUACUUCCUGUGCCCAGGCAGCAGUCCCAGGGAAGGACUGAAGCCUCUAUGAGGUGUGGGAGCCCAGCGUUGGUAUGUUAAUAAAGUUUUAUCUGUGUGA